AUGCAAAGUGACAAUUGGGACAAUUACAUUGAAAGAUUGAAGUACUGUUUUGAAGCGAAUGGAAUUACGGAGGACGCGGUUCAAAGGGCGAACUUUUAUACAGUGUGUGGUUCUCAAGUUUAUGAAACUCUUCUUGCAUUAAUCACACCAAGGAAAUCGAAGGAAGUAACUUUUUCAGAAGUUGUAUGUAUUCUUACAAAACACUUUAGUCCGAAGCCAAAUGAAAUUUCAGUGUCAUACCAAUUUUAUAAGUGUGAUCAAGAACUAAGUGAAUCAGUGUCGGCUUAUAUAGCACGUGUUAGAAAACUGAGUGCUGGCUGUAACUUUACUGACUUAGAACGUAUGCUUCGGGAUCGACUCGUUUGUGGUAUGACUGAUAAGAAAUUGCAAUAUGAAUUAUUAAAAAAAGACAAUCUACGUUAUGAACAUGUGGUGGAAGCUAUGUUGUCGUCUGAGAGUGCAGGGAGAGAUGUGCGCAUGAUGAAUGCUACAGGCAGUUAUAUACAUAAGGAUGUUAGUUCAUCCAUCGAGAUGACGUCAUCACAGGCACCGUAUGAACCGAUGGAUGUUAACGCGAUGCAAUUAAGAAGGAGCUAUAAUACUACAAGAUUAUGUUAUCGCUGCGGUGAUCGUCAUGGCGGUGAAUGUCGAUUUAUUAAUGCGAUUUGUCAUUAUUGUAAGAAAAGGGGUCAUAUUGAAAAAAUUUGUACAUCUAAGAAAAAGAGUACGAAUAAAGUAAAUUACGCAGACAAUGAAGAUCAUAUUCAGUUGAAUGGCAUUUACAGUUUGAAAAGUUCAUUCACGCGCAUACCAGCCUACUGUAUUACUCUUUUACUAAACGGCGUUCCAGUUACAAUGGAAGUGGACUCGGGAGCUGCUUAUUCAAUAAUUAAUGAACAGACUUGGAGAAAGUUAAAAAAUAGUAGUGUUUUAAAAGUAUUAUCGAAUAAGUUGUGUACGUGGAACAGUUCACCAGUGGAUGUAAUGGGACAAACCUUAGUGCGGGUUCAAUAUAAGGACAUUAAGUGUAAUUUAAAUAUAGUCGUAGCUCGAGGAGUUGGUCCUAACUUGAUUGGACGCAACUGGUUUAAAGAACUCGGUAUUACAUUAAACAUUAACUUAAUUGACCUUGAUGUGACAGGUGUUGAUAAAGUAAUCAGUAGAUACUCAAACGUUUUCAAGGACGGGCUCGGUACCUACCGAGGUAACCCUGUUGAGAUACAGUUGAAACCAAGUUGUUGUCCUAAAUUUUUGAAAGCUCGACCGGUACCGUACGCGUUAAAAGACAGAAUUGAAAAAGAAAUUGAUCGAUUGGUGGAAGAAGGGGUAUUGCGACCCGUAUCUUUUUCAGAUUGGGCCACACCCGUGGUACCUAUUGUAAAAAGAAAUGGUGAUAUACGUUUAUGUGGAGACUACCGUAGUACUGUCAACCAGGCGACUGAGUCGGAUACAUACCCAAUGCCUACAGCAAGUGAGGUGUUCGCGACAAUUGCGGGAGGCUGUUAUUACUCAACUCUCGAUUUGGAGAGAGCCUAUACACAAGUGGUGGUUACAGACUCUACAUCAAAAUUAUUAACUUUAAAUACUUGUAAAGGACUGUACUCUGUACAUAGGUUAGCGUUUGGUGUAAAGGCAAGUCCCGGAAUUUUUCAGCGAUUAAUGACAGCAUUGUUGGCAGGAAUAAAAGGAGUGGCAAUACUGAUUGAUGACAUAAUUAUAAGUGGCUACACAUUAGAGCAGAUGACUGAACGUUUGGACCAAGUUUUAUAUCGCAUUGAAAAAUCAGGCCUACGGCUCAAUAAGGAUAAAUGUAAGUUUGCAAAAAAACGAGUAGAAUUUCUAGGGUUCAUUAUUGAUGCCGAUGGUAUUCACCCAGCUCCAAGUAAGGUUGAGUCUAUAAUAAAUACUCCGGAACCUAAGAAUGUACAACAACUGCAAGCAUUUUUAGGGUUAUAUAAUUUUUACGAGAGGUUCAUACCUCACAAGGCUACCGUCCUUGAGCCUCUACAUAGAUUGCUCGAAAAGGCUAAAGAAUGGCAAUGGACUGAACGUGAACAGCACAGUUUUAAUAUCGCUAAACGUUUAUUAUCGUCAGAAUUAACUCUCGUUCAUUAUGAUCUCAAUAAACCGUUGAUUCUUACAUGUGACAGUUCUGAAUACGGAGUUGGUGCUGUUCUUUCACACAUUAUGAAAGACGGAGCGGAGCAUCCAGUGGCGAUGGGAUCGAGGACGUUACAUGUGCAUGAGAGACGUUAUUCUCAAUUAGACAAGGAAGCCACUGCAAUCAGUUUUGGAAUAAACAAGUUUCACAAUUAUUUAAUGGGCCGUUCCUUUACUAUUGUGACAGAUCAUAAACCAUUAGUCAGUAUUUUUGAUUCUAAAAAACCUAUGCCUACAGUUUUGUCUCCAAGGUUGACAAGAAUAGCGUUAAUAUUGUCAUCUUAUAGUUACAACAUUGUUUAUAAGCCAGGAAAAGAAAUUGGUAAUGCUGACGGAUUAAGUCGUUGGCCGCAACCGGUGCCGGAAGAACCAGAACAGCAACUGUAUGAUGUCUUGCUGAUGGCAGAAACACCCUCAGAAUUUCCCGUUGACGUGGAUCUUAUAGCUACCGCAACAAAGAAAGAUCGUGUAUUGUCUCGUGUUUGUCAUUACAUACUUGUCGGUUGGCCUUCUAAAGUUUAUGAUAAAGACUUACACUCAUAUUGGUUACAUCGUUCAGAACUAUCAUUGCACGAAGAUUGUGUUUUACUUGGCUGUCGUGUAGUAAUUCCGCCAGAACUCCGUGAGCAUGUUUUAAGAGCCUUACAUAGGGUACACAGUGGUAUAGUGCAAACGAAAGUAUUGGCAAGGAGUUAUGUUUGGUGGCCACAAUUGAAUGCGGACAUAGAGAGCUUAGUAUCACGAUGCGAUAAAUGUUUGGAGAACCGACACAUGCCACCUAAAAUUAGUUGCGAAUGGGUGACACCAACUAAACCUUGGUCUCGGAUUCAUGUAGAUUUUGCGGGGCCAUUUCAAAACAAGAUAUUUUUAAUUAUUGUUGAUGCUUAUUCGCGAUGGCCAGAGGUCUUUAUAGUAAACAAUAUGAAUUCAAGUACAAUUAUUCGCCAUCUUCGGAAUGUAUUCGCUACUCAUGGUUUGUGUGAAACGUUAGUAUCAGAUAAUGGAACCUCAUUUGUGUCUUCAGAAAUGAAGAAUUUUCUGAUGUCAAAUAAAAUUAGACAUGUAACUACAGCCCCAUACCAUCCCGCUACUAACGGAUUAGCUGAAAGAAUGGUGCAGACUGUUAAAGAUAAGUUGCGGAAGAUGGAAGGUAUCUGUUGGGAUGUUAAGAUUCCGAACAUGCUUUUAGGUUUGAGAGUAACGCCUUGCACUGCGACUAAUAAAAGUCCAGGUGAAUUAUUAAUGAACAGACGAUUACAUACUUUAUUGGAUACUAUACACCCAGACAAUCGUCAAGAGCAAAAAAGGAGGGAACAAAUUGUCAAUAAUUCUCAAAAGUAUCCCCGAAAAAUAGAUAUACAAAAAAAAAUUAUGUAUCGCAAUUUUAAUAAUGGUCCACGAUGGUUACCAGGAAUAAUCCGAAAUAGAAGAGGAGCAUCUAACUUUGAAGUGGAGACACAAGAUGGUACUCUCGUGAAUAGACACAUUGAUCAGCUGAUUCAAAGCAAUCAGUCUGAUGUAAUAGUGACAAAUGAUGGAGAAGGGGAAGAAAAGGAUGAGAGAGGAGAGAAAAGUGAUGGCUCUGAGGAUAUAAUACAAGUGCCGGAUGAGGAGCAGUGGGCGACCAUGUUAGGGAUUCCACCUCAGAGUGAAGUAACUUAUGGUGGAGGAAAAGUUAAAACAAAGAUAAAUAAUAAUCAUUCAAAGUCACCAUAUGAUAGACCAAAUGUUCCAACUAAUUAUUUAAAUUAA